AUGUUUUCGUGGAUUACUGGUCCACGUAUUACUAACGUAAUAGAGGACCUGCAGCCUGAAAACAACUACGAGUCCACCUUCAUUGAGCCACCAGAAACACCGGCUCAUCAAUUCGCCGUAAAGGCCUUCAAGCACGCCAUAUUCGGAACGCCUGCGCCCGAGGACGCCGACGAUGUGUCUAAGAAAAUAGAGAGAAAGGCAAAAAUAGACGCAGCCAACGCCAAAGCCUUCGUGCUGCCAGCGCCCAAGGAGAAUGGCCCGCCUAUAUCGCCGUCAAAACAGCCGGGCGGCAUCCUUAUGACACCAGGCACCGCCAGCAAGGGGCGCAAGCAAGUGUCAUUUGGCUCGCAAGUGGUGGACAACGAGGGCAAGCGCGGCAACAUUGGAAGGAGCGGAAUACCCAACGACUGCCCAGGCAAGUUUCCGAGCCCUUGGACUCCUGGCACGCAGUUGAAGCUCGACCCCGAGAGCGAAACAAGGCCGCGCACUCGCCUCACGGAAGCCCUCCUAGACGCACGCACGACUACCCAGCCAAAAUCAGGCCAAAAGCCCAAAGCACGAGACGAUAGCGACAUUACAAUUGAUCUAGGAGCUCCGCGCUCUGAGUCGGGAAAAUACUGGAAGGAGCAGUAUGAGAGCUAUGCGGACAAGAGCGAGAAGGAGAUGAAAAAGGUCAUCGCCAAGCAACAACUUGCAAAGAAGUUCGCCAUGAAGAAAGAUGGUGAAGUAACCGAACUAGUGGCCAAACUGGAACAGGAGCGUAAGCGGUAUAAGCAGCGUGAGAUGGAACUGGAGCAGCAGAACAAGGACCUCCAGGAGCGCCUUCGCAAGGCCAUGUCGGAAAAUAUGUCAUCAAGCAUCGAGAUUGUAUCCCUCAAGUCGCGAUUGGCAGUCCUGGAAGGCUCGAGCACUGUACCUUCGUCAGGACUCCCACCGAGCAAGACGCCCUUUGAAAUCUACGAAGAUGGAGCCAAAGACGUUUCACGGCCUCCUUUGCGCGGACUGGACCUGGAUACCUCGUUUGCCCCAUCCAACAGCAUGGCAUCCUCUACUAAGGAGAACACAUCGCCAAUGUCUCGUCGUGUCCGCCGCGGUACUAUUCCUGAUACACUGAAUCGACCAAUCAUCCCUUCUAGAUUCGGUACUGCAGAAGGAGAAACCUCUGCACUGGAAAAGUCACCCCGUCGUUUUGAGGCUACCCUGGAAAAAGCGCUUGCAUCGACUCACCAGGAGAAACCACUAAAGUCACCUCUGAAGAUUCAUCGAUCUGAGCCAACGAAAGAGAGCCAUACGCCUAAAUCGAUGGCCGGGAUCCAGCCGUCCAGUCCACUACCGAUGCCGUCACCACCCAGUGACGACCUUUGGCUGGAUGUGCACAACGACAGCUCAAUAGGGCAAAUGGACAAGAUGGCCAUGCCUGUUUCUACAGGCCAACCGUACAUGAGGCCCGAAUGGAAUCCCCCACCAAAGAAAAACCGGGUAUCAAAAUUGGUUUCAAACGACAGGAAACCAGAAACACUACAAUCUCAAGAAAAGGCCGUCGUGUCAGAGAGGAGUGAGCAAAAGACGGAACCCCAAAGGCGAAAAGACCGUGCGACCCAAGAAGCUACCCAUAUUUCAGAGCUCGAAGCAACGUCAUCACAGCCCAAAAAGGAAGCCAAACACAACUACAACACAUCAAAAGAUGGGGCGUUGAGGAGUACUGACAGCAGUUCUCGCCAACCCCGUACCGACCCCAAAAUUGACGAUAGCAAGGUCACGACACGUCAUGCAGAAGGAUCCACAAAUGUCAAGAACGACCGAAACCAAGUCCGUGAUCGGGAUCCGAGGAAAAGGUUAGAGGAGAGGAGGAAACUGAGGAAGCAAGCUGCUACGAAGUGUUGA